UGCUAGGAGAACUAUAAUCAUCUGUUUAGCUAGCUUGAGUCGAACAGAGGUGAGUUUCUCAAAAUAAGGCACUUGUUUUUAAACGUUGAAGUUAUCGUUUCCCCCAUUCUACUUGUAGCGUGUCACCUGUCCCCAAUGGGGUUCAAUAAGACGUACAUCAGUAUCGGGUAUGCCUCUUUUGGCAUGCUUAUGGGAUUCUCAGCGUUUCUCGUGUGGAACAUCGCGUACAACCAACCAUGGACAGCUGCAAUGGGAGGAUUAUCAGGUGUGCUGGCGCUCUGGGCCCUCAUCACCCACAUCAUGUACCUGCAGGACUACUGGCGCACCUGGCUGAAGGGCCUCAAAUUCUUCCUCUUCAUCGGAGUCGUCUUCUCCCUGCUGGCCGUGGUGGCUUUCAUCACCUUCCUCUCCCUUGCCAUUACCAACAAAGAGUCCAUGACUGACCCGAGGAGCUUGUUUCUUUCGGCCGUGUGGAGCUUCAUGACUCUAAAGUGGUCCUUCCUGCUGGCUCUCUAUUCCCACCGCUACCGCAAGGAGUUUGCCGACGUCAGCAUCCUCAGUGACUUUUGAUGAGGGCCCUUGAACAGCCCCCCACCCAAUGGAGGUCUAUGGAAGACUAACUAGCAGGGCUCCUAACCUGAGGGUGCUAACUAGGGGAGAAGGGAGGGAGUGAAGAUUUGAGGGGUUGGUGAAGCCAAGUAGUUAUGAUGAGGAUGAGGGUUGAUCUGAAAGGCGUGGGGUAGCUGCACAUACACCAGAUGUCUUCCACCAAUCGCUUGCUUAUUAAUCCACGUGGGGAGAGUGAACGAGUACACACUUUGGGGAGAAGUGUAGUGACUCGGAACGCAACCUGUGUUGUCUGUGUUAAUGGGAGAAUUAGUACCUGGACCGCUGUCCAUGCCCGCACCUUCUCGGUUAGACCCCCCUCUCUCUCUUUCUAUAUCUGUAAACAGGGUAUUCUCAACCCCUGCUAGGCCAGUCUAUCCACAAGUUCAUCCCUAUGUUAAGCCUUUUCUGGAUUUGGCUGUUCCCAUGUGUAUGUAUGUGACACUGUCUGGGCUCCUCUUGUAUGUCUUCGACACAUCUUUUUAGAGUCAAUAUCUCCCUUUUUAUGGGAUUUGAAUCUUCUUUUUGGUGACUUUGUGGGUAAUCCUUGUUAAUUGUGUACAUCACGUGUGAAAACUCAUUCCACGGAGGGCCUAGUGUCUGCGGGUUUUCGUUCCUCCCUUGUACUUGAUUGAUGAAGGUCACUAAUUAGUAAAAAAAACUCCUUUCACCUGGUUGCCUCUGUUUUAAUUGAAAGGAAAACCCCAAAACCUGCAGACACUAGGCCAUUUGUGGAAUGAGUUUAACAACCCUGCUCUACAUCUUCCUGUGCUUAUGUACCGAGGAACAUAUUCUUAACAAGAUAUAUAAUUGAUGUGGUUAUGAUAGAAUUCGUUUCCAUUCUCUUGCCACAAGGGGGAGUCAGUCGAUCAAAUGUCUGUUGGUAAAACAUCCCACUCAUUUAGAAAGUUGUUAGAAAACAGAGCAAAGUUUAUAUGCACACAUAAAAAACAUGCAUUAUACACAACAAAAGGACACGUCACAGGCCUGUUUGGGGAAAUCCUAUCCUUUUUUUAUUUUUAGGAUGACCGUUUUGAUCUGUGUUAUCGAUGUGUGAACUUUUAGUCACUUCGAAGUCAGUGUAUGUGCUGAAGCAACUACAUUUAGAUUAUCAUGUCUCAACAGUUAUAAUGCUUUGGAAGUGAGACCUGUAUAAUGUCUUAUAGCGUUACACCUGUCAGUGUUCGACACUAUUUCAAAACAUCCCCCACAUAGUUUUUGAAGAGAUUAUAUGAAGAAGGAUUGCACUACCGUCACAGAAUGUUAGAACAACUGCCUUUUUUUCACAAGUUGCCAAUGGAAACCCAACUGCCUCGUCUUAUUUGAACGGAGAACGCUCAAAGGAGGGAGCUCCUUUUGUGGAAUUUGUGUCAUUGCUGUGCCUUCGCUUUAGCUCGCAAACGUUAUUCACCAUCAUCAUACUGCUGCUUAUGGAGAUUAAUUUGAUUGUGCUCUACCUUUUUUCCCUUGACAUCUGUUUGCUUCUCUGUGGGCUACCACAUGUAUCAUAUUGUACUAUAAAGAAACAUAACAUUGUGUAUAUCCACUUGUAUGUAUGUCUGUUUGAGAGCCAUAUUAAUAAAGUAUAAUUUUAUGACA